CAGAUCGAUGCUCACGAGGACGAUGUGAACACAGUGGCGUUUGCCGACAGCUCGUCCCAGCUCCUGUUCUCAGGCAGUGACGACGCAAGGUGUGGGACAGAUGGACGCUGCGGGAGGACAGACCCCAGCCCGUGGGCCAGCUGUCUGGACACAGAGACGGCAUCACCUUCAUACACAGCAAGGGCGAUGCACGUUAUCUGAUCAGUAUCUCAAAGGACCAGUCCAACAAGCUGUGGGACGUGAGUUCUCCUCCAAGGAGGGCCUGGCGGCCUCUCGGCUGUCCAUCGUCCACCAGAACUGGGACUACCGCUGGCAGCAGGUUCCCCUGAGAGCCCUGAAUAGACACAAGCUGGCAGGCGUUCUGCACACGCUCAUACGCUCUCGCUUCUCCCCGGAGUUCACCACCGGACAGAAGUUAAUCUACACUGGCUGUUCCACUGGGAAGGUCAUCGUGGGACGGAGCAGUGCGUGUUUGGGAGCACAGGCAGACCCACCUGCUGGGGGGGUUGUGAUCUGA